AACAAUCAGAUUAAUUUUCUGAGAACUUAUUUGCACAAAAAAUAAAACACACCUACCACUUUCCAAUCCUUUGUUUGUUGCACUGGGCGCCAAAGAGAGGUAAGCGAAGUACCCCUACCCUUAUCCUACCACUCACAGAAAUUGAUGUGUAGAAAAUUUUGAACGGAAUGACUAUGAACUGGAUAAAUCCCUGGCAGCUUUUUGCCAUUGGAAAAUUUGUAUUUUGUAUUUUGAAUUUUGCAUUUCUGUUUCCAGUAUCAUGAAGCCGUAAAACAAUAUGCAGAAGCUUUUGUUCGAAUUUUUGUUCAACCAGAUUGAGAUUGAUCCUAGUUUUUUCAAUCUCAUGCAACCAAAUCCGAUGUUGCCAUUAUUCCUCAGCCUGCGAUGAAUGCCAGAUUUCCUACGUUGACAAAAAGUCUAAGCAUAUGGCUGAUUGCAUUUGGACAACUGGUGUUUGUUUUGCUUUUUUUGGCUUUUGUGUUAAAAAGCUAUUUUGAAAAGAUAUAGAUCGUCAAGUUUCACAGCAAGUUUCACACAUCAAUCGGGAAAUGUUUCUACAUUAGCGCUAGCAGAAGAGUGAUUUACCCAUAAGCAGAAAUCAGCAUCAUUUCGUUAUGAUUUGACUUUUUCAAUUAUUAAGAAUAUUUUAGGUGGUCAAAAGGUGAUAAAUUUUCUGACAAGUCUUUACUUCGUGCAAGUACAUAUUUCCUGCAAGUCUGUUUUCUGGCUCGAAUAUUUUACUGUUCGCUUGUCGUUGUAAUCAAUGUGUACUUAAUGAGAAUGCCUUGAAACAACCGUCAUUGUUACAUAUUAGUAUGCAUAAAAUCCCAAUUUCAAAGGUAAACUUUCCGAAUCAAGUAAAAUUCUAGGUCGUAUAAAUCAAGUAGAAUUUAGAAAAUAGUAGUAAAAAAUGAAUUCUUUUAUAUCAAUUACCUUCUUCUAUAAUAUCUCAUGUGGUCAAAGACCAAUCAAACACAAAAUUUUAGAGAAUUGAGAGUGGUUCAAUCCUAUCUGUUCCUUCCAUUGGUGGAAUUCUAACUCUUUAAGUGGUAGGCAAGCAGAAAAGAAUCGUUCGCAAUUCCUGUCAGAACAGGCUUUUCUAUUUUAUUUUUGCGCAAAAAUAUUCGAAUUUUAACUUUCAUAAUGAUCUCAAAUCAAGAUGAGCCAUCCAUAUUUUACGAGCCUUUUAAUUUAUAUUACUAGCCUCUUUCCUGUUAAUUUGAAAAAAAGGCUCAGUGGCGUUCGUUGACAGCAGCGCGAAAUUUGUACCCAGAGAGGUUUGUUUACACAUUCGGUUACUGUUUAUUAGACGAAGAAGGAUGCCUCGGCCUGCACUUAAAUGCCAUGUCAAUUUUAAAGUCAAGCAGGUUGCCUGCCCAGGAACUUUGCAUCUGACUGACAGAAACUUUGUGUUUGUUACAGUUUCACUUUUAGCUCAGACAAGAAGAACCAAAUCUGUUUUUGCUAGUUUCCCUUUUGUCUUCAACGAAAAAUUGAUGUUUGAAAGAAUUUUUACCAAUGCAAGGACACUGGACCAUGUACUUGAAAUAUUGGAAGAUGAGAUUGUUAGCAUUGAACUGAGGCAAUAUUCAGAAAGAUAUGACGACGGCAAAGUUCUAGCAAGAUUCGAGCAGUGUUCUAGACAGUUUUUGUUUCCAACGCCUUCAUUUGCACCAAAGGAUGACGUUAAUCGCGAAAUAUUGCUGGCAAGAACACAAAAUUACCCCAUUGAACGUGGCAUUGAUCCACAGUUAUCAUUUACAACAAGCACCAGAAUUGAAGAGACCAGUAUUGCAUCAAGCUCAAGAGAACAUCUUUCAAGAUCUAGGAUUUCACCAACCAGAACGACAAACUCUGCGAGAAAGAUUCCAUUGGUACGACCUCCCUCUUCCUCCUCAGAAACCGAAGAAGAAGCAAUCAUCACAACACCGAGGCGGAAGCAUUCACCAAAGCGCAGCGUUGUAAAGCAUGAAGAACACUGCAUUUGUGAAUGCCCUAACCGACUAGAAAGUUACCGAAAUGGCCUUCCUUCGAAAUCAGUUUCACCUAGCCGAGGAAACCCUAAAAAGACAUCGCUCCAUAAGCCUCCUUUCAAGGCUGGCCGGGCCCCACAAGAUCUCAUAUCAAAACGAGAUUUCAACAAUUCACCGAGAAGAUAUCAAAGAAUAACUUUCGGAGAUAGCACAGUUUUCUCCUGCCCGAAAUGCCUAUUACCAGCACCUGACUGCACUAAUUGUACCACAUCUCCAAAUGGAAGCAACAGAAGUGUGCGACAUCAAUACGUAGAGAAUUCGGUGCAAGAGCGACCAAGAUCGUCCCCGCAUCCUUCGACGCGCGGCAAUCGCUCUCCCAGCAGCAAACCUGGAAUGCCAACUGUCCGUGCAAGAAUCCCGAUCACUUUACCUGUGUCAUUUGACGAUGAAGACCGUUACCGCGCGGCUUUAGCGGUAUCGAGUGAGAGAAACCGCAAUCGAGCAAGGAUAUUUGAAAAUUCGGAUUCACCAGAGCACAACAUUACUAGAUCACAUGUUCGCAGCACAGUAAAGGAUUUGCUGAGAAAAAACGAUUCUGUAUUGCAAUAUGAGCUGACAGAUUCUGAACUCGAAGACUCCCUGAUGAGUGACAUAUCUGAUGACGAUGUCCCGAUGCCUGAAAGUCCAAGCAAGAGAAGCAUCUCUAAGGAAGUUCCGGGUAGAAGCGUUGUUGUCCCAUUGAGCGCAAGAAAAUGUUGGUCAAGCGAUUCUCACCAUUAUACAAACAAAACACACAGACAGCUCUUCAACGACAGUAUGAGCGAAAUUUACAAAGAUUUGUACCGCAAGGCAACAGGGUCUGAUUAAGUUUUAUAUUUAUUCCUUUGUUUGUAAUCAUAGUUUUGAUAAUAUAAUCUGUAUUGCUAUUAUUUAGUAUCACAAAGUUUUUAUAUUUCUUCAUUUAAGUUCUUUAAACUCAUGAUAAAUGAUGAUAUCCAUAUUGAAUUAUUAGAAAAUGAUUAAAUAUUGUGAAAUGGCAUUCGUUUUGUAAAAUUGUCCGAUAAAAAGUUUAAGUAUGUUUUGAAAUGUUUGCAUUUUUCAUAGCCAAUUUUAAAGAAAAUAUUCCACUCCUAUUUAAACUGGCUAAGUGGCUUUCUGAAGUUUUGGACCCUGUUCUUCAAAAAUAUUCAAAACAUUGUAUCAAGGACUCUUUUACGUUCGCUGAGUUCAUGCGAAACUUGAACAUCGAAAACGAAACAUCUUUCAUGUGUUCUUUCGACAUCAGCAGUCUUUUCACAAAUGUUCCUUCGAGUGAGAUCAUCAAAAUAUGUGCCGACGCUUUGUACCGGAGCGAGCUUAAUAGCCCACCAUUCCCAGAGGAAGUAUUCAUUGAACUGAUGGAAACUGCAACACGUUCAGUUGAAUUCAGUUUUAACAAUGAAAUGUACCAACAAAAGGAUGGUGUCGCUAUGGGUAGCCCUCUGGGACAUGGGUUGGGCUGGCCAAUGUCUUUGUUGGCUUUUACGAAGAACGUUUGUUCGACUACGACCAAAAGCCAGGUGUCUAUUUUCGGUACGUGGAUGACACAUAUACUAUAUUCUAAACAGAGGCUGAGUGUGAUACUUUCCUAAAACGCCUUAAUGGCCUUCACACAGCCCUACAUUUUACAUUUGAAAAGGAAGAAAAUAACUCCUUGCCAUUUCUGGAUGUUUUGGUUGAAAAAUCUGACACUGGAUUUCUCACUAGUGUAUACCGUAAACCCACAUUUUCGGGGUUAUACACUCGAUGGAGUUCGUUUUGCCCAAAACAAAGAAAAAUCAGCCUCAUCAAAACGCUUACACAUAAGGCACUGAUGAUUUGUUCCAAGUCUAAACUCGACUCGGAACUUGAAAAACUAACUAAGAUUUUUCUGGAGAACGGCUUUCCAGAAGAUGUUAUUUCAGUUUACAUUAAGAAGAAGAUAGGAAAUUUCUCGGCUGACGUAAAAUUUGGUCCUCAAAAGUGCCCGGUCUAUCUAAAACUACCCUGGAUCGGUAACAGCUCCCUACGUUUUGAAAGCCAAAUAAAACAGGCCAUAACUAAUUGUUUCUUCGCGGUCAACCCACGUGUUGUUUAUAGUACAAAAAAAGGCCCUUCCAUCCAUUCAAAAGAACUGCGUUCCUGCCACAAAAAAAGUUCUGUUGUUUAUGAAUUUACGUGCCAGUGUGAUUCUGGCUACGUAGGACGCACCACCCAAAGAUUGGAGGAUAGAAUAAAACAACAUGUUCCAUCUAAUAUUAGAAACAAAACCCAUCCCCAAAGAGAACAGCCACCUCGAUCUUGCAAAUCUAAAAUUACAACUAAAACUUGCGAUUCUGCUAUCGGGCAGCAUUUGCUAGAAAACCCAGAUUGUGCAAAAAACUAUAAUGGCGACAUGUUUGGGAUUAUUUGGUAAAGCCCGAUCGUCGUUCCACCAUAGCACCUAGCAGUUUUAGAAUCUAUCUACAUAAGCACGAAAAAACCGCUACUGUGUAGACAAAAGGAGUUCGUUUUCACCUAAGGACUCCACUGGUAACAUUCUAAUAGGCAAGCGGCACUGAUUGGUCAACCUUUACAGUCAUGUGCUCGUGUUUCUGAUUGGCCUAUUUCGAUCCACAACUGGGUAUAUAUAUUUCUUAGCGUAGAGUUUUCGAUCUAUGUUCUGACGUUUUAAACUUUGAAGAAUGUCAGACGAAAAGCUUUAGUUUACUAAAGGUAUGGUUU